GGGAUCCACAGCGCCCUUUGACCUUCAAGGCUAUGCUGUGUGAUAGAAGAUAGCUAGCAAAGAGGGAUAUCCAGAGAGGGCUUCCUGAUCAUGAGCCACACAGCUGAGGUUCCUGGCAGCCAUGGCAAAAAGUGCUCCCAGAUGCAAACAGCGCCCCCACGUGACCUGCGCCGCCCGGCUCCGCCCAGGUGGCGCCCAUCGUCAUCACCCUCGCCUCUCUCUCAUCCUCGGGUUUAUCCCUGGGGGAGGGGGGCUGAGAGGGGCGGGGCAGAGAGAUUCCACAGCUGGGCCCACAGUGGGCAUGGAGGCGGCACAAGCUCGAGACCUGACGCGCCCGCAGGAACUUCUGGCGCCACCUUGUCUGGACACCGAGUCACUCCGGAAGAGUCGACCCCCCGCGCUGGAGCCUGGAGCCCUGAGAUGCCUCACUCCCAAUGGCAGGUCUCUGUGGCCUGCAUGCCAGGACUCGGUCAGCACGGCACUGCCUUUCCUCCAAGAGAAAGAAAAGGGGCUGCCGGGUUCCCCUUCGCCAGCCACCCAGGUCUUGGGGUCGUGCUGGGAGCUGAUGGUCAUAGGGAUGUCAGACCACCUAAGUAUGGCCAGGAAUCCCAAGAGCACGCAGUGCCCUAACCUGGAAACUUCCAGUGCUACUUCUCCUGCCUCACUCCAGAGAAGACCACGGAAGCAGCUGAACCCUCGAAUGGGCAUUGAGAAGGUGGACCCCAGGUUCAAGGGGGUAACUCUGGAGUUCCAGAUCCAGCCGGAUUCUAGCCUCCAGAUUGUACCCACCUACAGCUUGCCUGGCAGAAGUUGUUCACAGAAGCUCCCCACAAGCCCUUCCAAGGCCCUUGCCAGCCCAGGGAGCACCGAGGCCCUUGGGCCCAGACGGUGUGCUUCUUGUAGGACCCAGAGGACUCCACUCUGGAGAGAUGCUGAAGAUGGGACCCCCCUCUGCAAUGCCUGUGGCAUCAGGUACAAGAAAUAUGGCACCCGUUGUUCCAGUUGCUGGCUGGUCCCAAGGAAAAGCAUCCAGCCCAGAAGGCUGUGUGGCAGGUGUGGGGUGUCCCAGGACCCCCACCUAGGCCCAACUCAGGAACUGUAAGCCCUUCUUUAUCUGGCCAAGUCAGUUUGUCUCAGUUUCUCUAGGGGGAACAACGGGUAGAGAGAGCACUUUGGAAGUUGGCAGGGAUCCCAGUGGGAGAGUCAGGCCUCAGGCCCAGAGUCCCACCUGUGGGGUCACCCACCUGCUGGCUCCCCCUUCUCCACUUAGUCCUGGAUGAACCCCAAAUAAAAGGAAAUCGUUUCAGAAAUGA